CAAGCUCCCUCGGUCACUCGGAGGGAGUAGAAGAGGGUCGAAGGGAAGUUCGAUACGCUGUCGAGAGGAGGUUUGAGGCAACUCGUCUGGUCGUUUGCUUCGGCUUUCCUGCUGCUGCGGGCGGUGAGGGCCAGACAUGUGACGUCUUAGGUAAUGGCCUUUCUUUGAACAAUAAUUACUUUCCAACGGAGUACUCGGUAGACACUCGGAUGGAGCAGCACGUUCCCUGCGCAGGAGGCACUGUCUACGAUGCUGCAGCUCGGUCUGUAAUCCUCAGGGUUGCAUGACCCCAAAAUUGAGCUAUUGUAGAUCUUCUCGGCAGAGUUCUGUCUUAUCGUUCGAUAUUUGUGUGCACUCCGAUUCCUGGUAUCAAGAGAAAUGAACCGCAUAUCACGUAGCCAAUGUCAAAUUCCCUGCGACCUAGAGGAGAACAGGACGGGAGAGAAGUAGAGAGAAUAUGGAGAGAAAUGGACCUCGAUGGACGCAAUAUUGAGAGCACCGAGAGUUGGACUGAACCGCCUGGAGCGAUGCCGUCACUUAAUAAUAAUCGUCCCGCCAGGCUUCCCCCGUUAUUAUUGGGCCCUCCGCCACGAAAGGUCCUUAGCUUCAGACUCUCUUUUUGACUUCGCUCGUCGUUGGCCUCGGAUCGCUGCCAUUUCCUCCUGCUUCUCUCUCCUGGCAUCCCCCUUCCCCCCCCCAUUCACUCUUUCUUUGUUUAGCGAUCGCUUGCUUGCCGCCCGCGCAUCGUCUGAAGGGUUGACUUUUAAUUCAAAAAAAUUUCCAUUUCUUCACAGGGAAAAAAAAAAAAAAGAGAAGUAUCUUGGGAUCCGAGUGCGUGAGCGCUCUACUCUUAUCCUAGAUGGACAAC